AUGGAGGUCAAUAGCUGCGGGAAGGCGCCCUCAAGCAAGCCAGCGGGGACAUCGAAGGCCAUACGUAGGAAGCCUCUGGUUCAGCGCGACGCGUCGCUGAACGAUCUCCUCCUUCAACACCAUGAGCGUAAAUUGAACCUCGGGAGCUCUGCGCGUCGCCAUCCAUAUCCGCAUCAGCCUAAACCCUUGACAAACAACGAGGACGAGGUCUUGGGAGAUCUCAUAUUGGAUCUGUCAACGCUACCGCACAGAUGGACUGAAUGGCAGAGGAGACACCUGGCAGAAGUCGAAUCGCUGAAAAGGGCCAACGCGGCUGUGCGACACAGCAGGGACGAGGCGGAAGCGCUGCUGGACCACAACUUAGCAUUGACCAGAGAGCUCCAAUUGGACUGGACCAAUAUACGAGAAGGUCACCGGGAGUUGGAGGCUCGAUUGCUGCGAGCUGAUUCUGAGAGGGUCCGGCUCGAAAUGUUGGUGGAGGAGAAGGACACGCGGAUCGAAGAGCAAAACAAACUCAUCAUUGGGUUCGAGAAGAGAAUUGAGGAGCGAGGGAAGGAUCUUCAGCUAUCGCACGAGUGUCGGCAAGGUCUCGAAAUUGAGCUGUACUACUUGGGAAAGGAGUUUUGCCAGGUCAACCUCGGUCAGUAUGCUCAGAUCAGUGGAGGACCAUGGGGAACAUCUGAUCAAGAGCUGGAGACGCUCGAGCAGUUGAAGGACCGCAUCGUUGAACUGAAACUCCUGAACAAAGAACAAGCUGGAGAUAUCCGGGUUUUGAAGCAACGACUUGGAGAGUCAGUGACAUCUGGGAGGGAUGAGAGCUGCCAACCUGUCAAGGAAGAAUGA